GCUGCCUUGACAUAUGCCUGUUAGUGAGAAGAAUUAUCUGAUGGCAGUGAAAUGCCUACUUCUGUAAAGAUGUAAGAUCUCGGUUAACGACUGCAAAAAAGGAUAACAUAUGUAAAUGUAAUCGCUGACGGACAAACUACUACUUGUUGACACAUCCUCAGUUAAGUUAACGUUAGCUGUCCGGUUAGCGCACUAAAACUUGAGAUAUGUCUCCGGGCGACAACCCUCACACUCUCCUAGGGAGGAUCCGAUUUUUAAACAAAUGCAUUGAGUGCUUCCGAAAGAGUGAACAGCUACCGGAGUCUUUAUGUUAUGUGCCGAAAGAGGUUUGUUACAAAAUUUGUAAAGAUUCAUCAUCGAGCUCCACUUCCGCGUCGUCGUCAACAGCUGGUAACUCAGGUGGAAAGAGUCUGGUGCCGGUGUGGGAGAGCCCACAUCAGGCCCCGCACAAAAAAACAAGCAAGUGUAACAUUGAGCCGAAGAAAGGGACGUGCAUACGAACAACAGGGGAGGAAUACUGCAACAGCCAUGGCCUGUGGGUCAAAAUAAACAAGGAGCAGCUGGAGGAGUAUCGUCCUGGUCUAGAUAUUGAGGAAGGCUGGAUUCUGCUGUGUAAACAUACAGAGGGUGGAGACAGGCUUGUGCCAGUGGAGUCUCCUGACACAAUUAGUCGGCAACAGCAGCUGUUUGGCUAUGACCACAAGCCUUGUAACAGGUGGGAACAGGUGGUGGAUGUGGAACACUCUUUACAUUUGGGUGCCAAACCCAAAGUGGCAGAGGCAGAUGAGGCUGCUGUUCAGAAGCUGAGGUAUGUACCUCCAACAUGGACAUUUGAAUGCGACGAGGACCUUGUUCACUACUUCUAUGACCAUAUUGGGAAGGAAGAUGAAAAUCUUGGGAGCGUGAAGCAAUGCGUGACCAGCAUUGAUGUUUCCUCAAGUUCGGAGGACCCCAGUGGUAGUGCAAGCUGCUUGACAGAUGGAGACACUGAGACGUACUGGGAGAGUGAUGGGAUGCAGGGGCAGCACUGGAUCCGUCUACAUAUGAAGAGAGGCACUGUGGUUAACAAACUAAUAUUAACAGUGGACUCAACCGACGAUAACUACAUGCCUAAAAGAGUGACAGUGUAUGGCGGAGAAGGAGAUAACCUUAAGAAGUACAGCGAUGUAUCAAUAGAUGACAAUUUGAUUGGAGAAGUCUGUGUUCUGGAGGAUAUGACAUCACACUUGCCUGUUAUAGAGAUUAGGAUUGAGGAAUGCAGAGAUGAGGGAAUUGAUGUACGGAUCAGAGGAUUAAAGAUCAAAUCGUCUUGUGAACGAGACCUGGGCCUGAAUGCAGAAGUGUUCCAGUCUCCCAACUUAGUGCGUUACCCAAGACUCGAGGGCACGCCUCCUGAUGUCCUCUAUCGACGUGCAUUGGUCAUUCAGAGGUUUAUCACACUUCUGGACAAUCUGUUGCCUCACAUGGUUCCUGCAUGGGACUACAGCCUUGGAACAUUCAGCCAGAUCAAAAGCAUAAAACAGUUCCUGUUAUUGUCAAAGCGCCGCUCUGCCCUCAUCACCCAGUGCCUGAAAGACUCGGAGAGCAGUAAGCCUAACUUCAUGCCACGUCUUUACAUAAACCGUCGCCUGGCUAUGGAGCAUCGUGACAACCCCACUUUAGAGCCCACAUGUAAAAACGCUGUCUUCACUCAGGUGUACGAGGGUUUGAAGCCAUCUGACAAAUACGAAAAAACUUUGGAUUACAGGUGGCCAGCACGAUAUGACCAGUGGUGGGAAUGUAAAUUUAUUGCAGAAGGCAUCAUUGAUCAAGGGGGUGGAUUUCGAGACAGCCUGGCAGACAUGUCUGAAGAGCUGUGUCCCAGUUCAUCAGAAUGCCCCAUGCCUCUUCCAUUCUUCACUCGAACCUCUAACCAGGGAGCUGGAGAAGCUAGAGACUUUUACGUGCCGAAUCCUUCAUGCAGAGAAUUCAACAAGUUUGAGUGGAUUGGGCAACUUAUGGGAGCAGCCCUUCGCGGGAAAGACUUUCUGGUUCUGGCUCUUCCAGGGCUGGUGUGGAAGCAGCUAAUCGGAGAGGUUGUUAGCUGGAGUAAAGACUUUCCUGCUGUUGAUUCCGUGUUGGUGAAGUUGUUGGAGGCUAUGGAGCAUAUGGACAAGGAGACGUUUGACUUUAAGUUUGGUCAGGAACUUGUAUACACCACACCCCUGAGUGAUGGGCGGCUGGCGGAGCUAAUUCCAGGAGGCAGUGGAGUAGUGGUCCAAUAUGAAGAUCGCAUGGAGUUCAUACGCCUUGUAAAGAAAGCAAGAAUUGAAGAGAGCAGAGAACAGAUAGCAGCCAUGCAGGCUGGACUAAUGAAGGUGGUGCCACAGGCUGUGCUUGAUCUCCUAACAUGGCAGGAAGUAGAGAAGAAAGUGUGUGGAGACCCAGAGAUCACAGUGGAGGCCCUUAAACGCCUCACACGUUUUGAGGACUUGGAACAAACAGAUGUCAGAGUGCAAUAUUUAUGGGAAGCCCUCAUGAACUUCACUAAUGAGGAUCGUAGCAGGUUUUUAAGAUUUGUGACUGGCAGAAGUCGCCUUCCUGCCCCGAUCUACAUCUUUCCAGACAAACAAGGGUCUGAAAUCACGGAUGCACUUCCUCAAUCUUCCACAUGUUCUAGCACCCUUUAUCUACCCAAAUACCCAAGUGCUAAAGUUUGUGAAGAGAAGCUUCGCUAUGCUGCAUAUAACUGUGUGGCCAUCGACACAGACAUGAGUCCCUGGGAGGAGUAACUUGAUAUUGCCAUGUUUACAAAUUUUACUUUGGAAUCUUUUGCAUCAAUUAUCUGUAGCUUUCAGCAGCAUCGUACACAUAACCAUGUCCACUCUAUUGCCAACCAUGUAUGUACAGAAUAAAUAAAAAUGUUAUAAAUGAA